AUGAAGCUCACGAGGACACUUGCUGCUGGAUUGCUUGCUUUGGCUGGAUUGGUCACUGCUGCACCGGCAAGACUCACUAAACGAUCGUUCGAUUACUCCACCGAAAAGCUGCGAGGUGUCAACAUCGGCGGUUGGCUCGUACUGGAACCAUGGAUCACCCCAUCACUCUUUGAACAAUUCCCCGAUUACGGAGGUGACUCGCCCACUGUCGACGAAUACACUUUCUGUAAGACGCUCGGAUCGGACGAGGCGUACAAACAGCUUCAGCAGCAUUGGGAGAGUUGGAUCACGUACGAGGACUUCAAGGCAUUGGCUGAUGCUGGUGUGAAUACCGUCCGUAUUCCAAUUGGGUAUUGGGCUUUCGAGUUGUGGAAUGAUGAUCCGUAUGUGCAAGGCCAGCUGGCUUAUUUUGAUAAUGCAUUGGCGUGGGCGGAAGAAUUGGGAUUGAAUGUCAUGAUUGAUUUGCAUGGUGCGCCAGGCUCUCAGAACGGCUUCGACAACUCCGGUCAGCGAGGAAACAUCAACUGGCUCGAGGAAGACACCCUUACUCUCACGGUCAAGGUCAUUGACGAACUCGCCAGCAAGUACGCCAACCACCCCGCCGUCACCUCUAUCGAGCUCCUCAACGAGCCUCUCGGUGCUUCUCUGAACAUGACUGUCAUCAAGCAGUUCUACGAGGCUGGCUAUGGUACGGUUAGGCAGUAUUCUUCUGAGGUCGAUGUGGUGAUUCAUGAUGCGUAUGUUGGGUUGACCGAAUGGGACGGUUUCAUGAAUACCCCUGAUUACGACGCUGUCGUGCUCGAUACGCAUAUUUACCAAGUGUUCAACAACUGGCAGCUUGAACUCUCGCUCGAAGAUCAUGUUCGAGCGGCAUGCAACCAAUCCGACAGCAUCGGCCUCUCAAACCAGAAACUCUGGACCAUAGUUGGCGAGUUCUCAGGUGCGAUGACAGACUGUGCCCGCUGGCUCAACGGUUUCGGUAUCGGUGCCCGCUACGACGGUACCUACUACAAAGGCUCCUCCUGGAUCGACUCAUGUGAUGGUGAAUCAAACGUCAACUCCGCCUCCCAGUUCAGUGCCGACAAGAGAGCGAACAUCAGGCAGUUUGUUGAGGCACAGUUGGAUGCGUACGAGACUGGUGCUGGAUGGAUUUUCUGGACGGCGAAGACUGAGGCGGCGCCUGAGUGGAACUUUAUUGAUCUUGUGAAUAAUGGGGUUAUGCCGCAGCCUUUAACGGAGAGGUGGUAUGGACAGCAGUGCUCGUAG